AUGGAAAAACGACAGCUCUACUCUACCGGAAAACUACAGCCGGUGUCAAAGACCAAAUUGAUAACUUGCGCGUUUUUCGUGACCUGGACGUGCGCAAUACAACUCAGCUACAACAUGCUGAACAAAUCUAGGAUAGGGUAA